UUUUGGCAAAAAAAAGAGAAUAUAUUUGGGUAUAUCGAGCCUUAGGGAAUCUCUCUCUGGGUCAAAGUUGUGUAGAAUCAUCACAGUGUACAGGGACUGAGAACAGUGGACAAUGUGUAUAUGGGCUGUGCUCUUGUGAUGUGGGAUUUCAUCUAAACAAGCUGCAGUGCAUUUCAGAAAAAAAACAUCCGUUCCUUUUGGUUGGUUCUGUUGUCCUCCUCCUUGUGGUAACGAUAUCAAUCAUAACUUGCCUCAUGGUGUGUAGAAGAAAAUUGAAAGCGCGGAGUGGAAGACUGGUUGUUCAUACAGCUGAUAAUGUACCAGAGGACCAUAACUACUACACCUAUGCUAUUCCUGGCAAUAUCAGAGAUACAAAGGAAUGUCAAAUCCCUCUAAGUCACAGUGAUUGCAGUUAUAAAGGAGAUACACUUUACGACACAACUCACCACGCAGAGGAGCAAACAACAGAAAACUUGUAUGACGUCAGUGAACCGCUGUCCACUUUUAGAGAACCAUCCUCCUCUGAGGGCGUGUAUAUGUACAACCACCUACAUGAUAAAGAAACACAGCUGUGUGAAAAUCUAUAUGACGUCACAGAGUUUCCUGUUUCUCAUAAGACAGACGCAUAAAAGGAUUCAUGUAUAUCGCAAGGUUUAUGUCAAGGAGAAAUACUAAGUGAUCAGCAACUUUACAUGUUUUUCAGGCUCAUAUUCCAAUAAAUGUGAAAUUUAGACUUUUGAUAUACAACAUGUUUAGGGCUUGAAUAUUUUUUUUUAUGAAAUGAGGACAAGUACUUU